GCUCAUAAAGAUCUCCUAAAACACAAGGUGUAUCUGUUGUACAGCUACAUGGAAAAGGAACAUUUCAAGUGUCAAGUGUGUGACCAAGUCUUUGCACAAUUAGCAAUGCUCCAGAAACACCAACACUUUCACGAUGCGGAGAAGCUAUUUACGUGUGAGGUGUGUGAUAAAGCAUUCACACGGUCAUCAAGUCUCAAGGUCCAUCAGACAGUCCAUACAGGGGAGAAACCCUUUAAGUGUAUGGUUUGCAAUAAAGCUUUUGCAACAUCUACAAGGCUGCUAAUGCAUCAAACGAUUCAUACAGGAGAGAGGCUAUUUACAUGCAAUGUGUGCAACAAAUCAUUCUUAAACUCAUCUGACUUUCGUGUGCACCAACGUUUUCACACAGGAGAGAAACCAUUCUCAUGCGAGCUCUGCGACCAAUCUUUCUCAGGCUUAUCAACCCUCCGUAGACACCAGCGGAUUCACACAGGGGAGAAACCAUUCAUAUGUGAGGUGUGUAAUAAACCAUUCUCACGGUUAACGAACCUGCAGAUCCACCAACGCAUUCACACAGGGGAGAAGCCAUUCACAUGUGAGGUGUGUGACAAAUCAUUCUCACGCUCAGGAACCCUGCGCAAACAUCAACUUAUUCACACGGGUGAGAAACCCUUCGCAUGCGAAUUGUGUGACAAAUCAUUCUUGCAGUUAACCAGCCUCCAGAUCCACCAACGUGUUCACACUGGGGAGAAACCAUUCACAUGUGAAGUAUGUGACAAAUCAUUUUCAGACUCAUCAACCCUCCGUAAACACAGCCGUAUUCACACUGGGGAGAAGCCAUUCACAUGUGAGGUGUGUGACAAAUCAUUCUCGGUUUCAUCAACUCUCCGUGUACAUGAGCGCAUUCACACAGGGCAGAAGCCAUUGAAAUGCGAGCUGUGUGACAGAUUAUUCUCUGUUUCAUCGACCCUCCGCAGGCAUCAACACACUCACACAGGGAAGAAACUAUUCAGAUGUGAGGUUUGCAGUAAAGCUUUUGUAACAUCAACAAAGCUUCUAAUACAUCAGAGGAUUCACACAGGGGAGAAACCAUUUCGGUGUAAAUUGUGUGACAAGUCAUUCUUGUGGCCCUCAAACCUCCUUCGACACCAAUGCAUUCACACGAGGGAGAAACCAUUCAGGUGCAAGAUUUGCAACAAAGCUUUCGCACAAUCAUCGAGCCUCCUGGUCCAUCAGAUAAUUCACACAGGGGAGAAACCCUUCAGGUGUGAGGUGUGCGUUAAAUCAUUCUCACGGCUAUCGAACCUCCACCGACACCAGCGCACUCAUACAGGGGAGAAACCAUUCAAGUGUGAGGUGUGUGCCAAAUUGUUUUCACAGUCAUCGCACGUCCGCAAACACCAACGUGUUCACAUGGUAGAAGCCAUUUAAGAGCAUGGUGUGGAACAAAUCAUUCCCCUCUAUGUACACCAACGUUCACAUAGUGGAAAAAACAUACAUGUGUGAGGUUUGAGAUAAAGCUUUGUGACAUCUUUGACACUCCUGAAGGGCCAGAGCACUCACUGAGUGGAAAAAAAAAUCAAGUGUGAGCUUUGUCUUUCAUCAAAUCCUCUGCACUCCUGAUACA